GCCAGCAUGGCGGCGCCCAUGUAACCCGCUGCGCACCGCGAAGGCCACGGCGCUGCCGCCCGCUGGGGUCAAACGCCACCAUGCUGAGGGCGGCGCGGAGGGUACUGAGUGCCAUCCGGACCCAGGCCCCAGUCCUCGGGCUGCCAGGGGGAGGGUGCUCCCGGCUUCCUUCCGACCCCCGGGUCCUCCCCUCCCCUCCCCGCGGUCUCCUCCCGGCCGCCCGCGGAUAUGCCAUCCAGAAACCAGGUAGACCAGUCCGGCCCAGCCAAGAAGAUGACCCGCCCCCUUCCACGCUCCUCCAAGAUUACCAGAAAGUCCCUGGAAUUGACAAGGUUGAUGAUGUCGUGAAAAGACUCUUGUCUUUGGAAAUGGGGAAUCAGAAGGAGAAGCUAAAAAUCAAGAAAGAACAGCUGAUGAACAAGGUUGUGGCAAACCCCGAGGACACCAGCUCCCUGGAGGCUCGAAUUGUUGCCUUGACUGUCAAGAUCCGCAAUUAUGAAGAACACAUGCAGAAACAUCGAAAGGACAAAGCUCUCAAGCGCUAUCUGAUGAUGAGCAUUGACCAGAGGCAAAAGAUGCUCAAAAACCUCCGUAAGACCAACUACAAAGUCUUUGAGAAGACGUGCAAGGACCUGGGGAUUGAGUACAUCUUCCCCCCUAUGUACUACCGAAAAGCCCACCGCCGCUGGGUGGCCAAGAAGGCGUUGUGCCUUCGGGUUUACCAGGAGGCUCAAAAGCUAAAGAAGCAAAAAAGGGCCUUAAAAGCAGCAGCAGCAGCCCGGAAACAACGCCUGAUGAACCCAAUAAGCUCUUCCCAAGCUGAACCAGAGGCAAUCAAGGAAAACCAAUAAAUUUUAUUCAAGUUUUA